AGUAGGGAGUAAGACAGAGCUGUGAGGACAAAUUGCGGUCUUACUCUUAAUAGCUUCAUUGUAGCAAGUCGCUUGUCAUCGACUGUUCUAAACUUUUCUCUAAUUUCCAAGUGAAAAUCGCCCCCUAGUUUUGCGCAGUGCAAUUUUCCAGUGUAGUUUACCGCAUCUUGUUUUGUGUUCUACCGUGUUGUAAGAGCAGUUUGACUCACAAAGAAAUAUCAACAUGAGUGUCAACGACGCGGAUCACACCGAGCAAGCGAUGCACUUGUUGAAUGGAGUCGGUAACUUGGUGGGCAAUUUCAAGUCGGAAAAUAAGGAGAAUGAUGUUCCUAUCAAAACUGUGAAGAAGACCAGAGCUGCGCCUAUGCCGUCACUGGCUAAAUUCAAAGUGGUUGGAGAGAAGGGCUCAGGCUUCCGUCCGCGGGCCAAUGACGUUCAGGACUUCUACAAGAUCCGCGACUCAUGUUUGGCCAGCGGUCAGUUGUUCGAGGACUGUGAGUUCGAUGCGGUCAAAUCGUCGCUCGUUUUCAGCAAAUCGCCCAGUAUCAGUAAAUCGCUCCUCGUCAAAUCUAUCGAGUGGAAAAGGCCCAAGGAAAUUGUCGAUGAUCCAAAAUUUUUCGUGAAAGGGGCCAAUAGAUUUGAUGUGAAUCAAGGAAAGCUUGGUGAUUGCUGGCUGAUUGCGGCCGUGGCGAACCUGACAUUGCACGAGCACCUAUUGCAGCAAGUUGUGCCCAACGAUCAGAGCUUCCAAGACAACUAUGCAGGCAUUUUCCAUUUCAGGUUUUGGCAGUACGGUCACUGGGUGGACGUGGUAAUAGAUGACCGCCUGCCAACUAAUUAUGGAGAUCUUGUCUUCAUGCGUUCCAAUGAACAGAACGAAUUCUGGAGCGCUCUGCUAGAGAAGGCUUAUGCCAAACUACAUGGCUCUUACGAAGCGCUAAAAAACGGUAAAGCUUCCGAAGCCUUAGAAGAUUUCACUGGCGGCGUCACUGAAUUAUACGAUUUGAGGGACGAAGCAUCGUCCAAUCUUUUCAAAAUCAUAGAAAAAGCACAUGAAAGGUCAUCUUUGAUGACAUGUUCAAUUGGUCUACCUGUAGUCCAGGGCCCUCCCGGGGCCCCUGGGUCCAAAAGGGCUCUCGUCAAGUCCUUCAAGAUCAAGCAGGUUAGCAGUAGAAUUUUUGUUGAAUUUAACAUUCAUCUGCUAAAAAUUGUUCUGCCUUUGUAA